ACGAGAUGGAUAACCCAGCACAGGUGAAACACCUUCCCACUAACGAGAUGGAUAACCCAGCACAGGUGAAACAGCUUCCCACUAACGAGAUGGAUAACCCAGCACAGGUGAUACACCUUCCCACUAACGAGAUGGAUAACCUGGCACAGGUGAUACACCUUCCACCAAUGAGAUGGAUAACCCGGCAAAGGUGAUACACCUUCCCACUAAUGAGAUGGAUAACCCAGCACAGGUGAUACACCUUCCACUAAUGAGAUGGAUAACCCAGCACAGGUGAUACACCUUCCACUAAUGAGAUGGAUAACCCGGCAAAGGUGAUACACCUUCCACUAAGGAGAUGGAUAACCCAGCACAGGUGAUACACCUUCCCACUAACGAGAUGGAUAACCCAGCACAGGUGAUACACCUUCCACUAAGGAGAUGGAUAACCCGGCACAGGUGAUACACCUUCCCACUAACGAGAUGGAUAACCCGGCACAGGUGAUACACCUUCCCACUAACGAGAUGGAUAACCUGGCACAGGUGAUACACCUUCCCACUAAUGAGAUGGAUAACCCAGCACAGGUGAUACACCUUCCCACUAACGAGAUGGAUAACCCAGCACAGGUGAUACACCUUCCCACUAACGAGAUGGAUAACCCGGCACAGGUGAUACACCUUCCCACUAAUGAGAUGGACAACCCAGCACAGGUGAUACACCUUCCCACUAACGGAAUGGAUAACCCGGCACAGGUGAUACACCUUCCCACUAACGAGAUGGAUAACCCAGCACAGGUGAUACACCUUCCCACUAAUGAGAUGGAUAACCCAGCACAGGUGAUACACCUUCCCACUAACGGAAUGGAUAACCCGGCACAGGUGAUACACCUUCCCACUAACGAGAUGGAUAACCCGGCACAGGUGAUACACCUUCCCACUAAUGAGAUGGACAACCCAGCACAGGUGAUACACCUUCCCACUAACGAGAUGGAUAACCUGGCACAGGUGAUACACCUUCCACUAAUGAGAUGGAUAACCCGGCAAAGGUGAUACACCUUCCACUAAUGAGAUGGACAACCCACCACAGGUGAUACACCUUCCCACUAACGAGAUGGAUAACCUGGCACAGGUGAUACACCUUC